AUGUCAGUAGAGUCCGAAAAUACCACAGCUAAAUCAAAUGCCCAACGGUCGCUGUCAGAUAGUGAUAGUAAAUAUCAGCAGUCAUUUUUGGCACGAGUGGAACGGAAUCAAAUCUUCAUAUCGAGAUCGCUCUUGUUAGGGCUCUAUUUGGUUCAUAAUUUUAUACCUAUGGUGCUACCUUACACGUCUAAGUUUAUCCAUUUACAAUAUAAAAUUGGGACUGAUUUUAAUGGAAACCCCUUAUAUGAUAUUGGGAUUCAUGACGCGUAUUAUGUGUUAUACUGGGUCAUCAUGCUUACGUUUUUGAGAUCUUUUCUAAUGCAAUCUAUUUUUGGGCCGUUUGCGAUGCAUGCGUGUAAUAUAAGAUCUAGAAAGGCUAAAGUCAGAUUCGCCGAGCAAAGUUGGUCUUUUGUUUAUUAUACAUUCUCGUUUAUCUUUGGAGUUUACUUAUACUGCAAAUCUGACUAUUUUCUCAAUUUUGAUCGAAUCUACAUUGGUUGGCCUCAUUUUGAAAUGAGCGCUUUAUUCAAAAUGUACUACCUUAUUUCAAUGGCAUUCUGGAUUCAACAAAUUUUUGUGUUGAAUGUUGAAAAUAAGCGUAAAGAUCAUUAUCAGAUGUUCAGCCACCACAUAAUUACUUGUUUAUUAAUUGUGGGUUCGUAUUAUUAUUAUUACAAUCGUAUUGGUCAUCUUAUUUUGAUGAUCAUGGAUUCUGUCGACAUCUUUUUGGCUGCAGCAAAGAUGUUGAACUAUGCAAAUUACAGGAGAUUGUGCGACUCGAUGUUUGUCUUAUUUUUAGUAUCAUGGAUCGUAUUAAGACAUGGUCUUUACAAUUACUUAUUAUAUCAUACUUGGAGUAAAUCGGAAAUUCUUAUGGGAGAUAUGAAAUGCGUUCCUGGUAAGGUCCAAAAGAGAUGUUGGACCCAAGCUAUAAUUAAUUCCUUCUUGUUCUUAUUGGGAGGGUUACAGGUUAUAACAUUGGUGUGGAUGUAUUUAAUCUUAAAAGUCGCAUAUAAAGUUGUCACGGGUAAGGGAGCAGAAGAUGUUAGAAGCGAUGAUGAUGAUACAGACAUAGAAGAUUCGAAAGAUGAUAAAUAG